AUGAGGAUUAAUUUCCAUAAGAGUGUGGUAUGUGGAGUUGGAGUGGAAGAGGAAAUAUUGGGGUCUUAUGCUGAUAUCUUGAAUUGUAAGGUUAAUGGACUGCCACUUAAAUUUUUGGGUUUGCCUUUGGGAGCUAAUCUAGGGAGGAAAUCUACUUGGAGGCCUGUUCUUGAUACAAUAAAGUCUAGGUUGACGGGGUGGAAGAGAAGGCUUCUCUCUUUUGCAGGUAGAUUAACGUUUAGUAAGUCCGUUUUAGUUGACUGGGUGGAAGAGAAGGCUACUUUCCUUUGCAGAGAGAUUGAAAGGCUUGAAGCUGUUUUUCUUUGGGGUGGGAAUGAUUUGAAGAGGAAGGUUCAUUUGGUGAAAUGGACUGAAGUUUCUAAAAGUCUGAAUCAAGGUGGGUUGGGAAUUAGAAGAUUAAAGGAUGUCAAUGCAAGCCUACUUCUUAAAUGGUGGUGGAAAUUUGGAAGUGAAGUAAAUGCUCUUUGGAGAAGAAUGUUAUGCAACAAGUAUAUGAUUGAGGAGUUUCACUGGCUCCCACCUAUAAAUUCACCUGCUAGAUUUUCGAGAAUUUGGGGCGAUGUUCUUGCAGUUGCUAGUCUGAAUCAACCUCUUGUGGAGUUCUUUGUGGAGAAAUAUCAGAUAAAGGUGGGCAAUGGGAGUAGAAUCAAGUUUUGGUAUGAUAAGUGGGUUGGUAGUAGCUGUCUUAAAGAUGAAUUCCCUAGAUUAUUUUGCUUGUCAACAGUAAAAGAUGGCACCUUGUCUUAUUUUUUUGAGAGGAAAUCCAGCUAUGGGGAGUGGAACUUUUGUUUCCGAAGGCCAUUAUAUGAUUGGGAACAAGCAGAGGCUAACAGGUUGGUUGCAGUGCUUUUGGUGACCCCUUCUCUAUGUCUGAAUGAGGUAGACUGCCCUGUGUGGAAUGGAUCUGUUGGUGACAAGUUUAAGGUGUGGUCUGAUGUAAUGCUUUGGUGGGGGUGUUUGUGGGUGGUGCCAAGGAAUAUUGAUGGAUUACUUCAUUGGUGGAUAGGGUGGAAUUAUAAGAAGUUAGCUAGAAGAUUGUGGAGAGCCUUGCCAUGUAUUAUACUCUGGUCCAUUUGGAAGUUUAGGAAUGAUUGUUUGUUUAAUGGAGUGCUACCUUGUGCUUUUGAGUUAGGCCUCUAUUGUGUCCGUUCUGCUGUGUAUCUGCUGUCUAUUGUGUUUUGUUUGGCUGUAUUAGUUUUUGCUAUCUCAGUUGGUUCCUCACCAAUAGGGUCAGGGUAUGGUGCUGCCUUGUAUUUGGCUUGCAUCAUUCCUCCCUUUUGCUGA